GCGGGAAAGCACCGAGCGGCACCGAGCGGCACCGAGGAGCGUCCACACAUCAACCCGGAGAGGAUAAAACACCGCGGUACCGUUCCCUGUAAGUCGUUUCCACACUGUUAGGAGCUCAUUGCGGUUGUUCUCUGCGGUCCGGAGCCGAACUACAGCACGUCCGCUCCGCACGGCGGCGGCAGUGGCGGGAGCGGCCGGGCGCAGUUUCCGGGUUUGCCGUCUUUGUGCACACGGCACCGGGCUGGUGCAGAGCGCACAAACCCAACGUGUUACUGUUUACCUCCGGCGGGUGUUUGUGCUCACACACGCAUGGCUGCUCGUACCGCGGCGGGAGGAGGCUUUUAUUAUAGUUUUAUGGCUUAAUAUCUUUUAGUCCGAGCCUCGGCAGCAGCCCGAGGCCUGAGCCCGGGCCUCGGCCACCUGGCAGCGGCCGUCUGUCAGCAUCCUCCCGAGGAAUCUACCGAAGAACCGCGGCUAGCAGGGUGGCUAACAGCGAGCUAACUCACUGUCACACACAGAAGAGAGACGAUGGACGAGAAGAAGAGUCGAGGCGUCGUGGCCUUGAUGUUUCUCCUCGCGGCGAGUUUGUCCGGCGGCGGCGGGUCGGCCGGCUCGGACUGCGGCCCGUCGACCGCGGAGGCAAACGGCGCGGCGCGUUUACUGUCGGCUGCGGUCGACUCACAGAGAGCCGAGCAGAGCCAGAGGCAGCACCUGGAGGCUCUGUUCAACAGAUACGGAGAGAACGGCACCAUCUCUCUGGCCGGGUUAAAGCGCCUCCUACAGAACGUGGGUUUGGAUCGCAUCAGGACCGUGAUGGUGCAACAUCACGAGCAAGCGGGCCACCACGACCACACUCAUCAUCACCACCACCAUCACAACCACCACGAAGGCCACCGUCACCACGACGACAACUCGCAUCACCAGAAACACGUUCACGCCGAAGACCAGCACAGCCACGGCGACCUGCGUGAAAGGAAGAGGUCGGCUCUGGAGGUCGGCGUCACGGCGGCGUACAGCGCCCAGCUGAGACAAAAUGGCCCUGAAACCACCAGACGGGUCGCUGAGAGCCAGACACAGGCAGCUGCCGUCAGCCGGGGGGAUCAUGACCACAAUCACGACCAUGACCAUGACCAUGAUCACGACCACGAUCACGAUCAUGACCACGAGGACCUUCCUCACAACCGAAGCGCGGACAGCGUAGAGUGUCUGAACGCCUCCAGCAUCCUCUCCUCACAUGGGAUGUCUCAGGAGGUGGGUAUGACCCUCAGUGACUUCAGCUUCCUCUGCCCCGCCCUCCUCAACCAGAUUGAUGGCGGCGCCUGCAUCCAGCACGGAGGACGCGAGGAGAGAGACCAUAAGCAUGGUCACGGUCACCAUGGUGACCACAACAACUCGCACCACAAUCACGGCGAGCGCUCUGAAAGCGGCAAAAGCAUCACAAUAGCGUGGGUCGGCGGGUUCAUCUCCAUCACGGUCAUCAGCCUGCUGUCCCUGCUCGGUGUCGUCCUCAUCCCGCUCAUGAACAGAGUUUUCUUCAAGUUCCUCCUCAGCUUCCUGGUGGCGCUGGCCGUCGGCACCCUGAGCGGAGACGCCUUCCUCCACCUCAUCCCCCACUCUCAGGGAGGCCACCAUCACCACCACGAGGAUUCUGGCAUGAAUUUCUCUGAGGGACAUCACCACCAUGACGAGCAAGAGGAAAACAUGGACGCUGUGUGGAAGGGCCUGACGGCUCUGAGCGGAGUCUACUUCAUGUUUCUGAUCGAACACUUCCUGACGCUGGGAAAAAUGUACAAAGACAAGAAACAAAAGAUCCAGAAGAAGUGGGACCAGAACGACAAAGCAGAUCCAGAGAAGCAGCCGGCUCUGCAAGACAACGACCUGAAGCCGACUGAAGAUGUGGAGACGAAUGGUGCCGGUAUGUUUGGUGAACACCCGAGCGGCCUGCAGGGCGGCGUGGCGGAGGAGGAGCAGGUGAUGCUGGCGCCGCAGGUGUCCGUCGUCACGCCGGGUUACAGCGGAGCGUCGGGGGCCGCGGCCUACACUGCCGAGGACUGCGAGAACAAGUGCCACUCCCACUUCCACGACACGGUGGGCCAGGCCGACAGCAUGCACCACCACCACCACGACUACCACCACAUCCUGCACCACCACCACUCCCAGAACCACCACCCUCACAGCCACUCCCACUCCUACUCGGAGCAGCACUUCCAGCAGGCCGGCGUGGCCACGCUCGCCUGGAUGGUCAUCAUGGGAGACGGACUGCACAACUUCAGCGACGGCCUGGCUAUCGGAGCUGCUUUCACUGAGGGUCUGUCCAGCGGUCUCAGUACUUCUGUGGCGGUUUUCUGUCACGAGCUGCCUCACGAGUUGGGUGACUUUGCGGUGCUCCUGAAGGCGGGGAUGACUGUGCGUCAGGCCAUCCUGUACAACGUGUUAUCGGCCAUGAUGGCCUACUUUGGCAUGGUGACAGGUAUCUUGAUCGGACACUACGCGGAGAACAUCUCCAUGUGGAUAUUCGCCCUCACAGCCGGACUCUUCAUGUAUGUGGCCCUGGUGGACAUGGUGCCGGAGAUGUUGCAUAACGACGCCGGCGACCACGGCUUCAGCCACUGCGGCUUCUUCCUGCUCCAGAACGCCGGCAUCCUGCUGGGCUUCUGCAUAAUGCUGCUAAUCGCCAUAUUUGAGCACAAAAUCCAGCUGGACCUGGGAUACUGAGGGAGGAGGUGGUUUCAUCCUGAGCUUCAUGUGCAUUUCAGUGUCUCCGUCAGAAAUGUAAUGUGGUUUUAUUUGUUCUAGACAGUCAGCCUGGUUCAUUUUGUAUUUCCACAAGAAGAAGCAUCCGCUCAAACACAGACAUCAACAUGUAAUCUAGGAAGGUGCCACGUUGACCCCCGACCCCCAGAACCCCUUUUGCUAACACAUUUUUCAAGUUUUUUUUAUCCUGUUAUGUCUGUAUGUAUGUAUGUUUUUUUUUAUUAGAUUUUUUGGAAGUUUUUCUGCUGCUGAGUCAAACCAGAUCAGUGUUCCAGUAAAUACCCAAAGUGCCACAAGAGAGCCACUGUUGGCCCUACUGGGUCACAAUCUGCAGGCCUUCCCAUAAGUACUAUAAGCUGAAAGUUUCUGAACACAAUGUUUGACAGUUUAACAAGAAAUUACUUUUGUUUUCUGAUCAUUCCAAAACUCAAACCAUCUGAAUCUAAACCAUUAAUCUACUAUAGUUACACUUCCAGUGCUCAGUUUGUGGUAGGGAUGGAAAUUGAUACUGUUUUUGAUUCCUGAUCAGAUCUCUGUGUGUGGAACAAGUAGCCUUACGCAGGUUCUUAGCAUUGACGCAGCUGUUUUAUUAUCUGAGUCUGAACACAAAGUAGAGUUACAGUAGUUUCUUUGUGAACUGACAUUCCUCCGUGCUCUAAGUUUCCAGCAGCGUAGAAGCAGGAAGUUGUUUGUUGUUGUUGUAUAUUUGCACAGCAACUGCCCUUUAUUGGUUGAAACCAGCUAUUGCAACUGAAUUUCACAGUGAGCUGAUCUGGAGUUUGGUGCCGUAUGUGGUGGCAGCUUUCGUCACCAACCAAUCCCCCCUCCUCCCCCCACCACCUUUCUAUAAAACUACUCUGACUCUGCAGACUGUGGCCUGCUACGUAGCCGUAGCCUGACAGUACCCCCACAGACACAGCUUAGCUAAUGUUUCAACACAGGUAGCACAAAGAAAUCUUUACUAACGGCAUGAAUGUGCUUCUAGUGACUGUAAAGGCUCCAGUGGACUGUCUGUGUUUGAAGUGCAGACCGUCUGAUAGCUGCUGCUCUUGGCUCUGUUCGCUCUGACUACAAGCAGCUGUACUCUUGCUACACUGAGCGCUAGUUAGCCUGUCACUCUGGCCACACCCCCCUAUGGGAGGGAGGGAGCUAUCAGAAUGAAGGGGUUUAGUUACAGUUCUGAAGAAUGAGAAUCUGGAAAGGAACGUCAGUUGCUUUGCUGUAGCCUGCUAUCACAUCUUUAUAGGGGGGGCUCAGAGUACCAGGUACUGUUCUACAUAUGAGGACUAAACACGCCGACUGUUUGGUUACCGCGCUGCCCUUUAACAAAAACGUAAAUUACUGGAGAUGGUUUGGAAGUCAGUGCAGCAGGAAAGACCUGUGGCCUUUUUAUUGAGCAGCAGACAGCCUGAUGGGAGCAUCAGACUCUGGUAGUGAUCAGAGGUAUAAUGGUGGAAAUCCGUCCGUUAAAUCAACCAGAGUUCAGCUUGAUGAAGGAAAAGGACCUUGUUGGUUCAAACUCUCACUGUUUAUGUUCCGAUUGGCAAAUGUGGGAUUACUGUUAUGGUCUGUUCUGAUUCAUAAUUUAAAAAUGACUAAAAUGAAAACAUUCAUGAUUGUGAAAAAGAUGCAGCUGUGUGUAGAAGAGACAGGGCUUUAGACUUAUAGGACUUGGUUCACUCCGCCUUCGUGGCCACGACCUUUGACUUCAAUGUGAAGUCUGUAUGAAGAACAGCCGGCUACAAAGUGCGGCGUUUGUCCAAUGAAGAGAAACCGAAAGCAAAUUACGGCAAGAAAAAGAGGAAACUCGUAGACUGUUUGUUUGUUGUAGCGUGUUUUUAAUUUAUUUUAUUGUUCCUGUUGUGUGGCAGCUCAACACUGAUUGUGUUCAGAGAAAACUAAUAACCUUUGUUACAAUAUUACUCCUGUUCUGUUUGAAUUAUCACCAACUGCAGAUGUCCAUCAUGAGCUCUGUAUUUCUUUGUCACUCAUGUUUCUUGAAAAGAGGCUCUGAUGUUUAGGUCAAGGUUUCCUCGCGGCUUGUGAAAAAGUCGAGACAUGAACCUCACUGUGUAUAUUACAUGUACAAUAUGUUACUGUAUGUAUAUAUUUGUGUACAAUGCUGUACAAGUAUGUGUGUCAUUAGUUUCAGCUGUCGACUCAAUGUUUGUUGUCUCAGUCACGUCAACACGAACCAAAAGAUUGAUUUAUAAAAGGUAGAGUGUGCAAAACAA